AUGGCGGGCAUCGAAGCGGCGAAAGGCAUCGCCAACGCCGUCAACGACUCGGACAACCCUUCCGAAAUCCUCUACCUCGUCGCCUGCCACUUCCUCUCGCAACUCGAGAACCUCCUGCAGACUUCGGUCGUGACCGACUACCACCUCACUUUCACGAGCAAACUGUCGCCCGGCUCAACCAUCGGGAAACACAUUCGCCACCUCGUCGACCACUACCGGUUGCUCCUCGAAGGACUGAAGCAGUCGAAUGCCUCGUCCUCCUCGUCUUCCUCAUCCUCCUCGUCUUCCUCAUCCUCGCAACCUUCUCUGCUCGUCGAUUACGACGUCCGGACACGGAAUCAGGAAGCCGAAACGUCGCAUGCAGCCUGCCUCGAAUCGGUUCGCAUCCUGCGGGACCGCAUCGCGCAGGAGACGGGCGAGGGAAAGUCGGUCGACCCCGAACGGAUAGUUAGGCUCAAGGCAACGACGCCGGUGCAGGUCGAAGUUGGGACUACCUUUGCGCGAGAACUCUGGUUCGCAAGCUUCCACGCAGUGCAUCACUUUGCUCUUCUCCGGGUCAUCGCAACGGGCGAACUCGGCCUCGACGUCGCCACAGACUUCGGCGUUGCUCCUUCCACCCUCGUACAUCGCCAAGAAGACAAGGAGGAGUCGAAGGGACUGUCGAAGCUGUAG